CUUUUUUAAAACAUGAAAGAAUACAGCUUAAAGGAAAUCUCCAAUCAUACAACAAGCAAGUCAUGUUGGGUUAUUUAUAAGAACAAGGUUUACGACGUUACAGAAUUCAUUCAAGAUCAUCCCGGGGGAGAUGACCUGAUCUUGGACUAUGCAGGCAAAGAUGUUACAGAUGUCAUGAAGGACGUACUUGAACAUGAUCACUCGGAUGCAGCUUAUGAAAUACUCGAGGAAUACUGUAUUGGUCAAUUAGAAGAAUCCAUUCAUGAAAAGCGUAUGAAACUAUUGGAGGUUGAAGAAGAAUCCAAGACAUUUGACAAGGAAGAUUUUAAGCCAAAGGAAACAGAUGUAGCGUCGGAUGUUAAAACGAAUCAAUUCUUGGACUUGAGAAAGGCACUUAUCCCACAAUUGAUUAGAGCAAGAUUUACCAAGGAAUUCUAUUUGGAACAAGUGCACAAACCACGUUACUUGUCUCAGCCAGCCAUCUUUUUUGGUCAUCCAUUAUUGGAGCCAUUGACAAAGACUGCAUGGUAUAUGAUACCUAUUAUUUGGUUGCCCUAUGUAGCCUAUCAGCUCUCUUUGUCAUUUAAAUAUGGUAACUCAACUGGCACUUAUAUGUCAUUUGGCUUGGGCAUUGGUAUAUGGACACUGUUGGAAUAUCUGUUGCAUAGAUUCUUGUUCCAUUUGGAUGAACUGCUUCCAGAUCAUCAAAUGGCCUUUGUGAUCCAUUUUGCUACUCACGGCUUUCAUCAUUAUUUACCAAUGGAUAGAUUAAGACUUGUUAUGCCCCCUGCUUUGGCUGUCAUUCUCGCUUAUCCUCUUGUUCGCUUAGGACAUUUCUUAUUCCCUCCAAUGAUGGCGCACGGUGUAGUAGCCGGUGGCUUUUUUGGUUACAUCCUGUAUGACUGUACUCACUAUUAUCUUCAUCAUGCCAAAGUAUUCAAAUACCACUUUAAAGAAAUGAAAAAGUACCACAUGGCACAUCACUACAAGAACUAUGAAGGUGGCUACGGUAUUACUUCCAAGAUUUGGGAUUACAUCUUUGGCACUGAAUUAAAAUACUAAUUGAAAUUAUCACUACACCGUUUAAUGCUACCACCAAUAUUACUACUACCAUCAUUAUUACUACUACUACUUAAUACUAAUCAUCUCCUUUUACUAUUUACACACAUCGCUCACUCCCCCUUCUCUUUAUAAUAAACAAUUGAACAAUGUAAAAAAAAGUAUAUACUUGAUUAGGAAUGUGUAAAUGUCAGCAAAGGCAAAUAAGAAUAGUAAAAAUCAUCAAACACAGGUACAUCUUGAAUUUACCGUCUCACAAGGGAGCUGUAUCUCUGUUAUUAUAUGCAUCCGACAACAUGAAAACAAAAGAAAGUGAUAGAUUGAUCUAGUCAAAUCGAAUACUUGCAAGCAUAUAAAAUAGAAUUUAG